GUUGAUUUUAAAAUCAAAACAGUAGAGCUAAGAGGAAAGAAAAUUAGAUUACAAAUCUGGGACACAGCAGGUCAGGAGAGAUUCAACAGCAUUACCUCAGCUUAUUACAGAAGUGCCAAGGGAAUUAUUUUGGUGUAUGAUAUCACCAAGAAGGAAACAUUCGACGAUUUACCAAAAUGGAUGAAAAUGAUUGAUAAGUAUGCUUCAGAAGAUGCUGAGCUUCUAUUAGUUGGAAAUAAACUGGACUGUGAAGUUGAUCGAGAAAUUAGUCGGCAACAGGGAGAAAAGUUUGCACAGCAAAUAACUGGGAUGCGGUUCUGUGAAGCCAGUGCCAAGGAUAAUUUUAAUGUGGAUGAAAUAUUUCUAAAACUUGUUGAUGACAUUCUGAAAAAGAUGCCACUGGAUGUUAUAAGAAAUGAGUUGUCCAACAGUAUCCUGUCCCUGCAACCAGAGCCAGAAAUCCCACCAGAACUGCCUCCUCCAAGGCCACAUGUCCGUUGCUGUUGACUUGUUACUCCAUACAGAGUGAAAAAUGGGUGUGGGAGGGUAAAGAAAGUAUCUGUACUACUCUGCACUACAAUCAUUUGGCAGUUCCUUGUUGCACUUUGUUAUUCGAGUCAGAGCUACACACUAACUUGUAAAUAUGCAAAUAUGCAAUCCUGUGUAGGAUUCAGCUAAAACAUUUAAUUAUUAUCCCUCUCCCUCACAAUGAUGUUUCAUUGAUUGCCCCAGUGUUAUAAAUACUGUACAAUCGGUGGGGGUUUAGCACACUUCCAGUCGAGGAGGAGGAGAAAUUAAAACUAUACCUAUUCUUGACAUAAAUGUUGUAAUAGUUCUUGUUAUUUUAAACAGGCAGGCAGAAGCUCUUCUGGUAUGAAGACAAGUAUAUGGUGCUUUGCUAACUAUUUUAAAGACAAUUUUUUUAAAAAUGGAGGACUUUAUGUACAAAGCUUUCAUAAUCAGCAUUAUGUUUCUUUUCAAUGUAGUGAAGACAUUUUUGGCUGUAGCAUCCUCUGCUGACUGGAUUUAUUGAAAAGCUAAGUUUAAUUUUUGGCAGUCUUAUUUAUUUUGUUUAAUGCUGCACCCUUUUAUUUGUAUACCUAGACAUCACAUCUGGUGCAGGUCUAAGAUUGCACUCUGAAGUAGCAUAUAUAAUUUUCUGUGUAAGCAUAACCUUGGUUGCAAGAAUCAUUAAGUUUCACUAAAAUAAUGGAGAUAUAUUCAAGCUCUAGAAGAAGGUAUAAAAAGCAAUGCUGCUGUCCUAGACAAAUUCUUUUUUUUAAAAAAAAUAAGAUACGUUAAGGAAUAUAUAUGUGUAUUUGUCUGGACAUCUGUAGGCUGGGGGGAAGGGAUCCUAAAGUAAAAUUAUUUUCUUUUCCUAAUGGUGGAAAUUAUUCCCAUUAAGCAAAUACUGUGUUAGAUUUUUGUCUGAUAAUGAAUUUGUGAAUUAUAUCUUUGGAAUAUCUUUUAUUAAAAUGCACUGUUUAGUUAAGCUGUGGUAAAUCAGUAGUUACAUAUUUGAAUAACUUGGUGUGUCCUGAAUGUUGUGGUAUUGAAAAACAUUGUGGUCUUUCUAAACUAAUGAAGUGCAAAUAAAAUUUUGUAUUUAUGAAUGACA